UGGACCGUGUCCCUCUCUCUGUCCUGCUCCGUCAUCCCGUCGCGCCGGAAAAGGCAGAGCAGCGGAAAAAGGAGGCGUUUCCCUCUCCAACAACACCAUCAGCUGCAAAUUUAUGCAAAACAGUAAAAGCACUGCUGCCGUGCUGCUGCUGCGGCCGUCCUGCAAAGCAAAAUAAAGGAGCAACAACCAGAAGCUCCAGAGACCGCUGAGCCGCCUGGAGUCGUGUUGCAGCGGGCAGCCUGUGCAGCCUGUGCAGGAGGAGGCUGAGAAACCCCCACCAGUGACGCAGCCAUGGAGACGGAUGGAGAGCAGAACCAGCAGGGGGCAUCGACCAAUGGGAGCGCUGCAUCUGGGACUAGCUCCCGUCCCUCUCCAAUGAAUUCCAUGUCUCUGUAUGAAAGGCAGGCGGUGCAGGCCCUGCAGGCGUUACAGAGGCAGCCUAAUGCAGCUCAGUACUUCCAGCAGCUGAUGCUGCAACAGCAGAUCAACAACGCCCAGCUGCAAAACCUGGCAGCCGUGCAACAGGUAAAGGCUAAUCUAGCUGCCAGUCGUCAGUCAAGUCCUUCCAGCAGCGGCUCCUCUCAGACCACCAGCACCGCAGCUGCCAGUGUAACAUCUGGAUCUACAACCAGCAGCCGUCCAAUGGGUGCACCAGCAACGUCCACAAUCAGCCAGUCAGUGCUGCUGAGUGGGACGGCAGGGGGGCAGGGACAAAUGUACCUGAGGGUCAACCGGUCCCUGAGGGCCCCCAUCUCCUCACAGCUCAUCUUUAUGCCUGGCAACACUGCAACUGCUGCCGUGGCAACCGUCACCCAGCAGCCACAGGCUCAGCAACAGCAACAGGAAGCCACACCAACUUCCUCUUCCAGCAGCCAAUCGGAUAAUAACCAGGCGCAGAAUCUAGCCAUGCGAGGUGUGUCCAGUCCCAGAGGUGUUGGUGUCAAGACUGAACCCCUAGAGAGGAGUGACUCAGCUGCUUACUCCCUGGUCCAGCCCCCCCACCAGUCAAACUCCCAGUCCCCUAAUAAACCAAGCCAACCACAUCACCAGCCUCCCCACAUUAAAAUCCCCACGUACCCUCAGCCCACCAACCUCAAAGCUCACCCUUCCUCCUCCUCUGGUGCUUCCUCCUCCACGUCCUCCAUCCCUCUCUCCCAGCUCCUGCUUCACGGAACGAGAACUCUGGCCACAGGCACCACAGCUCCAACAGCAGCACACACUCUGGUCCUGACGUCCAGCGCAGCAUCCCAGGCCCAUGGGUAUCCUGUUGGCACGGCGACCAUUAAACCAGCAGUCAACGCUCAGACCCUGGUGGUGCAGCCUCUGCAGAAGACCUCGCUCAGUGCGGAGAAAUCAGGCCACGGCAAUGGACCCAUCCCCAUCCAACCCAAAACUCUGCAGGGGCUCCGUCUGCCCCUCCAGCUACCUUCUAGGAACCCCCCUCCCAUCCUGCCUGCCCCGCCGCCUGUCAACAGCUCCGCUCAGCCCCCCCAGCCGCCACACAUCCCGGUCCAGAUUGUGGGUGCGAGGCAAAGCAUGCUGGGAAACACCCAGGCUCUGGCUAUGGCCCGGGGCAGCUGCUGCCAGGACGGACCCGCCGUCCUCAGCAGCUCGUCCAGCUUGCUCACCAUGGUGGCGUCCAUCGCUUCCAGGGAGGGCGGGGUCGUGGGCCGAGGUGUGGGGCUAAAAACGCUUCAGUCGCCCCAGGAGGCUCCCCCGUUGGCUCAGGUCUCUCAGGUGCAUCCGCAGGCUAUUCAAAGCUCUGGACAGAGUCAGAAUGGAGCCUUGGCUUCAAGCCAUGCCUCCUCCCAGGCCCCCAAUGUUUCCUCUCCCCCUUCCUCCAUGUCUCGCUCCUCCCUCUCCCUGGUGACGGAAGAACAGAGAGGAGCGUCAGCUGCUGUGACCACCAAUGGAGACUCAUCAGGAAGUCAGACACCACAGGCAAAGCAGUUGACUGGCUCAUUAAAAAGAAAAUCAGACUCCAAUUCAGCCAAUUGCGAAGACGGCCCUUCCCCUCCGCGGCUCCAGCCAGUCAGAGAUCACGCCUCAGCACUCCCGACCAAACCCAUCGAAGCAGGCUCCGGUGCUACUCCUGCCUCCUCCUCUCCCUCCCCGAUACUGUCAGUGUCCCGUAGGGUCUGCCAGGGGGAGAGAGCUCCUCCCCCCCAAGCUGUGGUUAAACCGAACGUCCUUACACACCUCAUAGAAGGCUUCGUCAUCCAGGAAGGGGCUGAGCCUUUCCCUGUAUGUGGUUCAGUGAAGGGCUCGGCUGGGGAGGACUUAACCAAUGACAGUCCGGACACUAACCAAUCAGAGACUGUUACAACAGCGACAGUGCUGAAGUGUGAGUACUGUAAAAACUUUGCUCCUGCCAACCAGUUCAGAGGCACCAAAAGGUUCUGCUCCAUGUCUUGUGCCAAGAGUAUGUAUUGGUUCCCCAGGUACAACGUCAGCUUCAGGCAGCACUUCUGCAUUCGACAAAGUCAAGGUCAAAAUAUCGCUCCGGAUCAGGAUCAAGGCCAAGGUCACCUCUCCAACUCAGACGAGGAGGGAGGAAUAACCAGGCGGAGGGUCCCCCGCAGGACUAGCUCAGAAAUAGCCAGUGCCAAGAUAGCAGGGAGACCCAUACCUGUCAAGUGCCGUUCAGAGUCCAGCCAUUCAGAUGAGGAGUCCAGUGGAGAGGAGGAUGAAGAUGACCCCAUGUCCCUCUCGCCCGCCUCCUCAGCCUCCUGCCACCAGCCGCCUCCUCCGCUCUCGACGGAGAGUUCUGCACCCAGCUGCCUGCCUGCUAGCCCCGCCCAAUGGGGCGUGGAGGAAGUGUCACACUUUAUUUCAUCACUACAAGGCUGUGAGGAGCUCGCACCCCAAUUCCUGUCGCAAGAGAUUGAUGGACAGGCCCUGCUGCUGCUGAAAGAGGAGCAUCUCAUGUCCACCAUGAACAUCAAGCUAGGUCCUGCCCUCAAGAUCUGCGCCCACAUUAACACCCUGAGAGACUGAUGUCAGUGUUAAAUAAUACAUCCACCAUUGUCAAAGUCAAGCCCUGGGCAUUUACCCCAAACUCCUGUUCUGCUCCCAGUUCAGAUAUGAAACUGCUUCCAGAGCAGUCAGAGUCCUGCAGGUGAAUGUGAGAGGUACAGUUCCUUUUCAAAACAAAGCUAAGGCUCUUUAGCUCCAGCUUCAGCACUUGAAUCUGUUGUGUAUUUGUCCACUCUAGAGCACAUUUCCAGAGGUCGUACUUGCACAGAAGUAUUGUUAAUUUGUCAUGUCUGUGAGUUGCAAAAAUACUACAGAUUACCAAGUAUAUUUUGGUGAGGUUACAUGUUUCCUAAAAUGCUAUUUCUGCGUACCAGUACAGAAAUAGUUUUUACCAUGUUGUUUAAUAUUUGCUUUUUUGUUGCACAAUUUCAAUCUGAAAUGAAGGUUUUGAAUGUAUUUUCAAUGCAGAAGUCACUUGUAAUGUGUAAUCAGCAAAUGGGCAAACAUUUUGAUCCAUAGUACUUGCACAAUAUUCCCAUGUUAUGUACAAAUAGGGCUGCCCUUUCCAUAGCCUUUGACCGAGGCUCUGCUUAUAUUAUUUACAUUGUUUUUGCAUUUCAUAUUUUUGCUGAAGUUCAACAAAACAUUGAACAAACUGCUAUUUGUCCAUUGUAACAUAUUGUACAGGAAAAGUAUUUUUGACAGACUUACCCACUUCUUUUAUCUUCGUAAUAAAUUCAGUAUUCUUUUUCCUUGUUUUUGGGAACAAUGUUAGUUCUCUCGGCGAACACAAAUAACUAAACAAAUAAAAGUUUUUUGAUUACAACACUUGUUAUUUAAACCACACUCAGCAUUGCAUUAGGAAGCACAGAAAAGCAGUAAAGAAAUGCACCAAAUUAUACCCAAAACCCAAAACUUAUGUAUCAGUCAAAAAACUCAAAGACGACAGUUUAUUUUAUUUUCAAGUAUUUGGGAAGGGAAGCGUUCAGAUGAUUUAUAACUUUUAUGUUAUUUAUAAAAAGUAGAACUUUCCAAAUGUAUAAUGAUUUUGUAAGAAUAGGCAUAAUUUUUAAUGGUGGCAUUUUUCUUUUGGAAGUGGCCUAUUCUACAGUUUACAGGGUACAGUUACAGUACAGGGUACUGGCUGCAGAAAUGCAAAACUCUCGAGGUUCAGAGAGCAUUUCAUAUUUCAAGUAAGGCAACAUACUGACGUUUCAUAUAGUUUUCUCACAUACCUAACAUAUUUUUACAUACAGAACACAUCAACAGGUGAUAAAACACUACUGCAAAAUGAUUCUCCAAAACUGUUUUCACAUUAAGAAUUUUUCCAGGAGAUCCAGCCUUUUAAAGUUUUUAACAAAGGACUUGCUGUUCACUCUACUCAUAAAAAUGACUGUAAUCUGCUAAAUAUGUGGCUAUUUUAUUCUGUCAAGCAAUUUCAAGAUUGUCACUUUUUUCAAAUGAUUCAACCAGUUGCUCCUGAUCUUUUCAAAAGUAUGUAUACGAGUGAUGGGUAACGUCAUGGGCUUGAUUUUGUGAAUUGACAUUAAGUGUAAAAGAAAUGCUGGAACAGAUGAAGAAUGAAAGUAAAUGACAAAUGUAAACUGUUAGAUAUGCUGUUGAUUUGAAGUAUCUUUAAGCUACAUUCAUGAACAAAGCCACAUGUGGACCUACGUUUUUGGAUGGAUGAAGAUGUAAUCAUACCAUGAAUGAAUGAGUGUGUGACUGAGACAAAAAAACCUAAACUAUACUGUAAUAAGUGUAAAAUUUGCCUUUUAUAUUUAAAUGCACAUUUGUUUGCUGGACUGCCUUGUUUAAGCUUUUUACGGUAGGAGUUUUCUCAUGUUAUCUCUGUGAACCUUGUGGCCUUUCUCACUAGUCUCUACGAUAGGUUUAGAUGAGGAUUGUCUGUUUUUUAACUGCUUUUCAUAUCAUUCCUUGUUUUAUAUUAGUGCUUACUUUUUUACAAUUGUUUUUUUUCAAGCAAUGACAUCUGUUGCCUUUCCAAAAAAGUGUGGCUGAAUAGUAGCUACCUUGAUGUCUUCCUCAUAGCUUUGUCACAUGAUGUGUAACUACCAACAGUAUUUACCUUUCUAGCUAGCUAUCUUUGGCUUUAUUGUUAGUGACUGUGGCUAUUACAAUAUUUUCUUUUAAAAAGGAUAAUAAUCUUUGAUAGCUGUGUGUUUUAUAUUUCAUAGUCGUCCCCGGAUUUUGGAAGUGUUUAAAUCGGCAGAUCCCUCGGCAAAUUGUGAAGACCAAAAAAUAAGAACUUGUACUGCAUUACAAGUGAUUUGAGCCACAAUUUCUAAGUCAAAUCAUUGGAGGUCUGCGGUGAUUACAGGUGUAACAUUUGUUAACAAGCAGACCAUUGCGACUUUGUUUAUUCAAACAUUCUCCCAAAAAGUAGCACCUUUCUCACAAAAUGACUGAGGAUUCUGCUAAAGAGGCUACUUCAGGAUCAAAAUGUGUUUGCUUGCAAUAAUCUGAAAAAUGGCAAAAUCUUGGAGGGACUGAGAUUGAGGAGGAGACGCUAACAAUACUAUCAUGCAAAUAAAUAACCAAGGAACUGUU